AUUUCUAAACAUUUAGUACCUCGCAGUAUUAUUAUUUUACUGAAACUUCGUGAACUAACUAGUAUGGUGGAAUAAUGGAUACUUGCGUCACAUGAAUGUCAACUUCUUAUUUUUUGGAAACGACCAGUCCUAAAACAAUAAUCAAUGGAGUUAGGGCGUCGACCUUUCCCAUUUGGAUCAUUUAAUCCAACUCGACAAAAACAACAAGUUGCCCAGCAACAGAAUGUAACAAGACAGCCAAGAUAUAUACAAGCGAUGAGCCCUCCAAUGAAUGGUGGAAGUGCAGAGUCACAAAUUGCAAAUUUACAACAAUGUAUAUCAGCAUAUCUCGAUUCAAUCCAGAUGGUUUGCCGAGCUGGUUCUUGGCUUUCAGAAACAUUUUCUUAUUUACUCCAUGAAUCAUCCAGUGGUGCCUUGGCUGACGACAUGAAAUCAAGGUUUUCAGGAAUGCUUCAGCUUUCUGUUUCUACAACUGUUCAGGCAAAGAACGAACUGGCUAGAAUCCUCAUGGAGUUGUCUCUUCCUACGUUGAAUAACAAUAAUCAAGUGCAAGCAAUAAAAGAUUGUAAAGCUCAUAACGCAAAGGUUUUAGAGAAAUGUAUACACUGCCUUUCCAUUGUUCACAAUUCAUUUUUCAAAGUUCAACUUAAUCUAAAAGAUAUCAACUCGCAGGCUGAGUUGAUACCAUCAUCAGAAAGCAAUGAUACCCCGACACAAGCACCAACGUUGCCUUGUGGUAAUGAUACCACAAUUCCUUCUUCUAUUGAAACACCUACAAUUGAUUUUGCAUCUGAAUGGACAUCAUUAUGCGAUACACAAUCCAAUAUCAAAUCUUGGUUUGCUCUGAAAGAGCGAAAUGGAUCACUCAGAAAAUACAUCGGACUCACCGAUCCUGAGAUUCAAAAUUUAUUGAAAUCGGACUCUGUAUCGGACUUGUACAUGAAAAAACUGAACCAGAAAAUUGAUACUGCACUUAGAAAUUAUGAAGUUGGUCUCCGUGGAUUGCCUUCUGAAUCUGUCAUUGUGUUUGGUGGUUUUUAUUCUUCUCCUGACAAAGCCAGACUUGCUUUGAAAGGUUGUUGCUCUCAAAUGGAAAUGGAACAAGACAUUCAACGAUUACCUGUAUCUCAAUUCUUACACUGUGAACUUCCGCUCAUGACACUCACAGUCAAUAAAAAAGAUUUUCCAGCGAAUGCAAACAAUUCGUCAUCGAAUAUCAAUCAGAAAAAGAAUGCCAUUCGCCAACUGAUUCAAUCAACCAAUCAGAAACUCAGCAUCAGUGAGACAGACGAACUAUCAUCGGAAAUACUAGGAGAAAUUUGUCCUGCUAGAUGGAGAACCCACGUUAAAGCAAGCUUACAACUUCUAUAUGGAAAUUCAGGCCUUGUUAUUCUGGAUACCAUGACCAGUGAAUCAAAAGACAAGCAAAACGCCAUCAUUUGUCGCAAAGAUUCUUUUAUAGUUGUUGCUGUCACUUCAACUUGGUGUAUCAAAGAAGAUCCCGGUACAAUGUCAUUGUUGCAACGCAAUCUUGAUCCAGAAAAAACUCUGGCAACAAUCAAUGUACGAUACAUAUCAGUGUUUAACAAUAAAGCUGCUGCUGAAAAAAGAUCCGAACCUGGAGUAUUUGUGGAGACGUUCGUUCAAACAGGAAGUCAAAACAGAAGACGAGCAUCCCAAUCUCUGCGGGCUUUACAAACAUUAUCUGGAAUGCCUUUGACCCCAAUGUCAUCAUGUUGGUUGACCAAUCAGCCUCCAACAGAGAAUUCACCCGUUUUAUCCACUCGUGUCUUGUCUGGGUCUGAUGUGGAACCUAAAAGAGAAAGUCCGCGGACUACAAAAUUAGUGAAAAAGACAAGUUCGGUGAAAUCGGAAGGCGGAGAAUCAAAUUCGGGAUCGGAAAGGCGAAGGAAGAAGAAAAUCGUAGUUGAAAUCAAAGAGGGCGAUACAGCUAGCGAAGAAGAAAAAUCAUCUGACAAUGAUGACUCUGUGAAAGAUGUCAUUAAUUUAUUAUCUGGAAGUUCACGACGCGCGACUCGCAGAAGAUUUCAGAUUGAAAGGGAAGCUAAGGAAGCUGAAACAGACGAGAUGAGUGAAAAUAUUGAGAAAAUUCUUGACUCCGAUAUUCCGCAAUUGCCUGAAGAGGAAGCGCAACCUACGUCCACGAAAGAUGAAAAUGUAACCAAUCUGAUCAAUGAUGAUAAUCAAUUAAAAACGACCUCAACAGCUUUGCGAAAUGAUGAAGGAGCAGCCUCGAACCCCGUUUUACCAAUUACAGAUGUUCAUUCCAAAACAGACAACGCCAUCAAUGUCACUCAUUCACAAUCAUCGAUGUCGCAAUCCCAAAUUAAUUUGUCUCAAACACUUGACGUCAUGAACCAACCCCCGUCACCAUUUCAUCAAAAAUCUCGUUCUCAAACAUUACCUGUGUCUUUCAAUAGCGUCCAGCCUAACAUUCCCAUGCAUCAAUUUCCGAAGUCAUCGUCAAAUACUUUACCCCAAUUACGGGGUCAAAACAUGGGACCACCCCCUCAUAUGGGACCACCAGGACAUAUGUUUCCUAAUUUAGCCCCAAAACAAGCAAUGACUCUACCGAGUAACUUACAAGCGACUUUUAAUAUGAGAAUGCCCCCACCUGACCCACGUCAAUAUUUUCAACAGGAAUUCAGCCCCCAUCAUGUCCCAAUGUUCACCCAGCUUCAGCAGAGUUCAUCACCCAGACCAUCAACCCCAAUGUAUCCCAACUUGAAUCCGAAUUCCUCGAUUUCUUUGCCCCGUACUCCCAGUCCCGCACCCAUUAGUCAGCAGCACCAUCCACGACAAAUGGUUAGACCACCGAGUAAUAGACCACCCAUGCAACAUGAGGCCCCGCCAAAUAUGGGGCCACCCAUGACCCGUUAUCCGCCACCCACUGGUCAAGGGGACGGGGUUCAGAGUGCGUCUCCUGGUAAUGUACAAGCCUUACUCCAGCACUUCAAUAGUCUUGCUGUGAAUGCCAACCUAAAACAACAAAAGCAACAAAUCAUGAACGAAAAUCAAAGUUAUAAUGAAAAUGUAGCUAUACAGCAAUUACUUUUACUGAGCCAGAAUCAACAAAACCAGGAAAAUUUGGGCCAAAUGCAACAAAACAGCAAUAACAACAACAUUCCACCUUCUAUGGUACCCGGUCCUGCAUCAGAAAUCUGUCAGAGACCACAAUGGGACCUGACAGGGAAUCGUUACCCUGUUAAUGGCAGUCCGAAUCAUCAGCCACACCCAGAAAGAAUACAAAAUCCGCAAAUGAUGGGAGGAAAUUUGAGUGGAUUAGGAAACAACAUAAACGAUAACACUAAUUUAAUAAGAGCUGCAUUACAGGAACAAAUGCGACGACGCGAGGAAAUGACAAACAAGGAAGGAUUAAUGAGAUCGGAAAGUCCUAAUGAAAUGGAUCAGUUUGUGAAUGUUUCAUCAGCGCAAGGAUCUUUGGGUCCGAUUGGAAGUCCUGUAAUUACAAGACGUAAAACAAAUGAAAUGUCACCGCCAUUACAUCUUGCAACUCAACAACAACAACAAGGCAGUAAUACUUGGCCGUGCAUUACUGAUCUUCCUGAGCAAACAGUACAAUUUUCUGGAGUUGAUCCUGAAUAUGAACAAUAUGUUGCUGGAAUAGCAAGAAAUGCGAUUCAUCGGAAGUUGACUUCACAACAAUCUAUUGAUGAACAAGAUGGAAAAACAAAAUGUAAUACUUGGGAUUUUAAUAAACAUAGUGAUUCAUGGCAGCAAGGUGGAGGAACAGAUGAACUUGGAAACAACUUAUUCACUGUUUUCAAUACUCCUGACAUUGUACAACAUUUGAGAGGACGAGAAUUGAUUGAAGAUACUCAAGCUGGAAAUCCACCGGAUAUUACUGAUGGUAAUGUUGACGCAUCACGCACAGGUACUUGGCCACCGUGGCAGCUCUGGUCUAAUGGUAAUACCAAUCUCUGGAACUGGGGUAAUGAUCUGCUGGGCAGCUCACCUGGUAAUGGCAACAAUGAAGGACACACUUAAAAAUAUUAAGACUUUUGAAAACAAACAGUACAUUUAAUAUGAUUUUCAAGUAAUCUAUCCCAUAAAGAAAUUCUGUUUUCAUAUUUCAGUUUGCUGGAAACAAGUAAAACAAGUACAAUUCUUGGCGUUAGGCAAUGGUAUAAUUUUAGUUUUGUAAUAUGUUUUCUGAUUAUUACACUGAAAAGCAUUGCCUCCUUGAAUACAGGCAUUUUGUAUUAUUAUUUUUAUUGUUGUUUUAGAAUUAUCGUUGUAAAUAGUCAGUUGUACUGCUGUUGAAAUUUUCCUUUUGAAUGAAAGUUCCUGAUUUUUUUUUUGUAAUUUUUAAUCUUUUUUUUGUUUGUUUAAAAUUUCCUUAACUACGUCAUGUUCCUAUCGAGCUGAGCUCUUCUAUUUUACUCUGUUGCUUUUUAUCUACAUAUUGUGCUUUAGAUUUACCAUUGUUAUUUUCCAUCUUAAUUCCAUGUUUCUGUGUUUGUAUUUGGUCGAGCAAUACUUUUUUGCAUUCAACGUACAAAAUAUUUGUAUGCAUGGGUGUCCAGUUUGUUGAACCAAUGAAAAUGAUUCUACGAGUAAUUUCACAUUAAAAAAAAAGUUGAAAUUUCUGUAUAUUUGGAUUGCUCAAAAUGUGUUGUAUAAUAUGCUAUUAUAGGAAACAUAUUUAUCAUAAACACAUUCUUAUUUUUGAUGUAUCUGAAAACAAAUAACUGGCCAACUAAUGUUAUACUUGACAUGGACUGGGACCCAUACGAAAGGCUGUGGUUCGCUAUAAUAUUGAGCCAUCUAUCCUCUUUCCUCUCCCAUGGGAUAAAUAUGUAAAUCCUAUAUUGUUGAUGUAAUCCGCUGUUUGUUGCAAAUCAUUCAACUAAAAGGUUAUAAUAUUUCUUCAUCUUGGUUUGGCUUUUGUCAUUAUAUCGAACAUGCAUGCAUUAAUUUUCAGGAGUUAAUAUUUGAAUAUAUAAUAAUAAAAGUAAAAAUAACAUGAUCUCUUUCAACGAAAUAGUAAGUAUAUUUGU